AUGCCACCUCGGAACCUCACAAGCAAGGACACGAAUAGCGGCAACAUUCUCAAGUUUUUCAAGCCCGUCUCCGUCUCGACGUCGCAACCUGGGCCACCGUCGUCGUCAUCGGCACGGCAACAAACGCCUCCGCAAGCCUCCUCCUCAGCCUUCUCCGGACCGCCAUCCCCCUCUCCGCUCCCUCCGUCUCCCUCAUCCUUCAAACGCGCCAGCGUCACGACACCGACUCGUCUACCCGUUCCACUCCCCGACGAGAUAGCUGCGUCCGAUGACGACGAGAACGAAGAUGGCCAUUCCUCCGAUGACUCCCUCGAAGACCUAUCCACGCUUCUGGGGCGCAGCAGGAACCUUCCCUCGCCGCCGAAGCCGCAUCUCGACCCCUUCUCCACCCCGCGAGCCAAGAGGGCUGGACAGGGAUUCCAUGCAAGCCCGCUUGCUGUCAUGACCAAGCACAGGUUCGACAUGAAGACGCUCGCCAAUGAUGCGAAGAAGGACGAUGCGACGACUGCGAGCUCUAUGAGGGUCAAAGCCGCCGCCGAGGAGGCCAAGACGAAGUUGGCCGCGUCGACCAAGAAGUCGGAGCGUGCCGGCCACGGUGUCGCCGAGAUUGUCGGAGAAAAGGGGGGCCAAGAUGCCCGAAAGGUCCUCAGAGCAGUCCAGAGGUCGGAGGCUGGAAAGUCCCAACCUCGAUUCUGCUUUUUCGACCCUGAUUAUAGAACCCCUCCUUCCAAGCGGCCGCCGAAGGAGGGCAACAACGGGCCGUGGCGUUUGCUGACCGAAGGGACCGCCAACGUAAGAGAGCAGCAUCUCGCCUCCGGCUUGCCUCAGUCCAUGGUCCGCAAGAUGGCCUGCCUGCCAGACUCCCUGUUCGAAUGGAUUCUCGACGAGCUGUGCACUCAAACGUCGGUCAUCAUGCGCCAAGGGUACUGCGAUUUGAUCGCCCAUUGCCCGGACCAGGUCGAGCGGCUCGUCACACCUGAGCGUCUUGAGCAUUUAUUCAUUCGACUCGGCGCCAAUAAGCAUCUUGGAGACAAGAGCAAGGGGAUGAUGGAGCGUUACCUGGACUGUGAACCAUAUCAGGACCGUGACUGGUCAUGCCUCCGCUCCUUCCUCGCACUGUUGACUGCAGUCUCCGGUCAUCUCUCCGUACCGGCCGUCCAGUAUGCGAUGCGAACCCUCUUGGCCAUGUCGAUGGACAAGUUUCUCAUCUGCAACAUGGAUGCACUGAUGGCCCACGAGGCCGCCAUUCAACACCUGGCCGGUGCCAUGCCUCGCUCCUCGUGGGACUCAUUUUGCUCCGAAACGUGCUCAUCUUUGUGCACGAACAUCGCAUCACAAAGCAUCCGGGCCAACGCACUUCUCUGCCUCCCGGUGAGCAACCGAAGAACGCAUGAUUUGCGCCGCCGGCUGGCUGUGGUGUUCCUCUUCAAGGACACGUCCCUUGGCCGAUACAACGGCGAAGACACCGUCACGCUUUUGGGCCUCACCAAUCUGUUGGCUGGAGAUGACUUCGCCAUCAACGCUGAUACUGACUUCUCGGAGCUCAAAGCGAGCGUCAUCAUGCUAGACAUGGCCAUCGAUGACGGCUCCGCCGCAUCAUUUGAUGAUGCAGAGGAGGAGGCCGCGUUCAACCGCCAAGUGGACGAGCUGGCCUCGAGGCUACGAGAGAUUUGGAGAAAGAUCAACGACUCGGGCAUGAAGCUAGCGCGCACCGAGGCCAAGAGCGUUGUCGAGUGGGUCCAGCAGCGGCUGUCCAACGAAGUUCGGACGAGGAGAAUGGUCAAGAAGAGCAUAUUUGACCUCCCGGGACAGGGAGAGGAACCGUCGUUGCCGCGGCAGCAGGACUUUGUGAAGCGCUUUCUGCAGAGGCCGCCAAAGUCGCCUCGUGUGGAUGCGGAUUGCAUCGUCGUUGCGGUACCAUAG